AUGCCGGUGACGAGGAAGGCAACAGCGGCCCGGAAGGGCAAGAGGGUGGCUGGAAAGAGAGUUGAACGGGAGCCACCAGCGGAGGUAGAAGUGGGCGAGUCUCACAACGAGGCUUCUCCUGCUUCCCCUGUGUCAGCAGAGCAGGGUAGAGCUCCAGCACCAGUACCAGCAGCCGCGGGCCAGCAGGUAACGGAAGCUAUCCAGUUGCUGACCCAGUUAGUCGCCGCACAAGCUCAGCGGCAAGAUAUGGGCCAAGGGGACAGGGCGGCGAGCGCCAGAGCCCGUGAUUUUAUCUCCCUAAAUCCUCCGGAGUUCUAUGGAUCGAAGCCAGAGGAGGACCCACAAAGCUUUUUGGAUGAAAUGUACGCCCCAGCCAUGGUAGCAGAUAUGGGGGAUCGUGUGCACCAGUACGUGAGAGGGCUAGGGCCACAUUUAGCUAAAGACUGCUUGACAGCCUCACUCCAGGACGGGAUGACUAUCGCUCGCAUUCAGGCCCACGCCCAAAACCUGGAGGAGCAGUACCAGCAACGGAGGGGCGAGCGUGAUUCGGAUAGGGGCUCCAGAAAAAGGGGCAGAUCUUUUGGAGCCGGAAGUGAAUAUAGAGGUGGACAGGCAUCGCAGCAUUCCAGGUAUCCAGAACCGGAUCAGAGUGCCCGAGCAUCAGGGUCCCAGCACAGAGCUGAGUCAAACAGGACAGGGCCACCCCCACCGCGAUGUACUCGGUGUGGUAAGCUACAUGCAGGCGGUGCUACCUUGACACGGGCGCUUGUUUUGUACGUGGUCGGGACUGACCACUUGAUGCGUGACUGCCCACGGAGGACCGGGAGAGACCAGACUCAGCCCGCCGGAUCCGUUAUCGGUUCGUCGUCGACUGUGCGCCCUCCCGGACAGACGUCCCAGGCCCCAGCCGGUCGUGGUCGAGGCAGAGGAGGAGCACCCAGUACCGGCGGCCCCCAGAACCGCAUAUUUGCAUUGACGAGACAGCAGGAUCCUGAGCCCUCCCAGGACGCAGCUACAG